UGUAAAGCUGACCUUAUCUCUUUGAAAUAUUUACAGUCAGCAUCAUUAUAUCGUUGAAACUAAUGAUUUGAUUAAGACAAAUUGACCUAAGAUGGAUUUGGUCUAUAUGUCCUGACGUAUUCAAAUACAUUAACAGCCUCGGGUUUCAAGUUUUAAGUUUCGAGCGAUUCUGAUGAAGGUUAAUUUCGAAAAGCUCUUCGGAUGUACCAAUUUUAUGAAGUGUUCUUUACAUUUCCGAGCACUGGGUCAAUACCGCUGCUGGUGGACUGUUAGACUCCAGAGGUAUAAUGAACUCAGUACGAAGUGUUUCGGUAUUGACAAUAUUUAUAACAUACCUUAUCUAAAUUCUCCGUUGUUAUAUUUAGACAUUAAUAGGAAACUAAGAUUUGAACUCCUUCAGGCGAAGUUGACCUCAGAUGGAUUUGGAUACUAGUAUUCCUUUUUAAUCUAUUUUAUCAUAUAGCUCCCGACGUAUUUAAAUACUUAUACAUCAUUUGCGUUGUGUCCCAAAUCGAUACAGACACAUUUCCGGAUUUGAUGCCUUAACCAGGAAACAUUUAAGGGUACGACAACUAUGCAGAUAAUGUAUCAAGUUUUAACACUCCUGGCAUUUACCAUCAGCUUAGCGGUUUGUGAAAACAAGAUGAAAUUACCUGGUCAAGAAGAAGAACGCUGUAACUGUUUGAGAGUUGGUAGAAAAAAGUUAAAUGUGGAUUGCUCGUUUAGUUAUAUGUCGAAAAUUCCAGUAUUGCAGUACGAUGUGACUUUUCUCAAUCUUCAGUUCAAUUCUAUAGAAAUUAUUUCCAGCGGGGUAUUAGGAAAUCUUUCUCAGUUGUCUGAAUUAGAUAUUUCGUAUAACAAGUUAUCACGGAUUGAACCAGGUGCUUUUGCAGGUCUUUGUAGUUUGAAGAAAUUGAUUCUUCAAAACAAUGCUUUGAAAUACAACACUGUUUCGUUUCCAUUAGGCAUUUUCAAACCGUUGAAAUCACUCAACUACUUAAACAUAAAAUUCAAUGACCCUUCAAAUAGUGAAAACUUUCCAAGCAGUGUCCUUUCAGACCUUGCAGAGCUAACUGACCUCGAGCUUGAUGUUUUUGAAUCUCAAGAUUCUAUGGUGUUUCCUGAAGUCUUCAUGUCAUUAAAGAGACUGCAGAGACUGGUGGUUGGUAAUUGUACAAUGAACACUAUGAAUAAUACAUUCACUUAUUUACCGUAUCUUCAUUAUAUAGAUAUGUCUUCAUGUACUAUAAGCAAUUAUCAAAAAGGGACAUUGUACAAGAAGAAUCUGACUUUUUUAAGUAUGCCAGGCAAGGGCUGGAAACUUUUCACUUAUGAUCAAAAUGUUAUACAUGAUUUAAACUCAACAAAUUUGACCAUUUUAGUUAUGAAACACAGUACGUUUUCAUUAGAGAGUGCAUUUCAUUACACAUAUUUGAUUCAUUCAGGUUUGAGAGAGUUGUACAUAAACAAUAACAACCUCAGAAAAAUAAUAAAUCGAGGUGAACCAGUAGAAUUCUGUCUCCCUUCUACACUUGAGAUUUUAGAUCUCUCAAACAACAAAUUAAGACAAUUUUGUGUCAAUCUCCGAAACGUUACAGUUCUGAGUCUACGCAACAUUUUUCUUGGUCCAUUCUUAGAGCAGAAUCUGUGCAACCUAAGAAGAAUAGAUUUAUCUUUCAACAGAAUUGAACAUUUUAGUUUUUCUACAUUCCGGCAACAAAUUAAUUUAAAGUUUAUCAACCUGAGCUAUAACAAUAUAUUAGAUAUAUCAUUUGACGUUUCUUAUAUAAAUUAUUCUACAAUUUUGGAUUUGUCCAGUACUAACAUAAGCUUUCUCGAUCCGACUAUUAUGAGCAAUUUCAGUGAAUUGAUGCACAGUUACGGAUUAAAACUGAAUUUAUCGAACAAUAUCUUUGAGUGUAAGUGUAAAGGAAUUUUGUUUCUGGUAUGGAUAUGUAAUAAUUCUAAUCACCUGGUAAAUAGUGAAAAUUAUGAAUGUGAAUUUGACGAUGGCUCCGUUACGGAACUCUUACAGUUAAGAGAUAUCAUUUUCAGUUUGCAAAUAAACUGUAUGUCAUACAAUCUCCUUGCCGCCUCUCUUUCUAUCAUUAUUUUAUUGGCUUUUGCUAUUCAAGGAGCAAGACUCGUAUUCAAAUACCGUUGGAGAUUACUUUAUAUGUAUUACAGAAAAAGGAGAAUAUUCAGUAAUGAGCAAUCAGUAGAAAAGUACAAGUUCAAUGCAUUUAUCGCAUAUUCAAAAAAUGAUAGGGAUUUUGUUCUAAAUGAUUGUAUUCAAAAUCUGGAGGGUGAUGGGGAGUUGAAACUGUGCAUACAUCAUCGCGAUUUUCUACCAGGUGAGGAAAUAACUGCAAAUAUUACAAACGCGAUUCACGAAAGUAAAAAGACCAUUUGUAUAAUAAGUAAAUCAUUUUUCCAGUCAUACUACUGUAUGUUUGAGUACAACAUGGCAUUGACGGAAGGAAUUUAUGAAAGAGAAGAGCAGAACGUCCUGAUUCUAGUUUUCUACGAACAAAUUAUGCCUCGAGAUUUACCAUUAGUCAUACAAGAGCAAAUACGACAAAGGUCUUAUAUUUUGUAUCGUAACGAUGGAAGAGGAAACGUAGACUUCUGGAAGAGAGUAAAAGAAGCUAUAAUGUGAUGCUAAACAACAAAACACUGAAUAUGGAACUUCAGGGAAAAUUAUAAAUCACUUGUUGGUAGGGAAAGGAAGACUUUUGGAAAAUAUACCAUUGAGGCUAAGAUGUGAUAAAUCGGCUAUUUAUUUACCGUGGUUUCUUUUUCUACAAACGCUUCUUAAAGCUGUCGCUGAAAUGGACUCACUAAAUUAUAUUCAAUUGUUUCCUUUGUGUGCUUAAUUUCAUUGUUUGAAUUGGCUAAUUUACUGAUUUUUGUUCAUUAAUGGAAUUAAUUCAAAAACUUA